CACCCAUCGUCGCCCGCACCAAUCGACUUGUGCGUGAACAGCAAGGACACGUGAUGGAUAUAGGGGUAAUACUAUGUCCCUUGAUGAUGAUCCUACAGAUUUCGACGGCUCCUUAGGCAUCCUGCCAGUCGUGCCUGUUGGCACCGAACCACCCGUCCUCAAGGAUCCAAGAAGCAAUGCUGCCACAGGGGCUUCGGCUGCCGGUGUCCGGGCAUUCUCAGCUCAGGCUGUAGCAUUUUACUUCCGGGCUCCUGUCAAGGCCUUCUUUCGCACACGUGUGGACUAUCUGGCAUAUGCAAAGUCGAUAAGCCCAGAUCUGCAGAAAGGGGCCUUUUCCUGGCGCACGACUACGCCUGGUCUCCUCGCCAAUGCCAUAGGAAACUAUGGAUGGAAAUUUAUCCCGGAACAACUGCUCCCACCCUUGGCUGCCAAUAUUGCCGUGGGUGCCGCUCUCUAUACUUCCUAUCUCCAGAUCCUCGCAGCCCUACAUCCACCCUCGGCCCAUGCUACCAAGACCGUGUAUCCUCCUCCACCUCCGACUCAUACCUUCGUUGCAGGUUUUGCUGCUGGCUCUAUUCAAAGCGUCCUCGCCGCUCCUCUGGAUGCCUUGCAAGUCCGAUUUGACAGAAAAGGCCCCGCAUAUGACAACAAGACCAUGUGGCAAUAUAGUCGGGGUAAGCUGCACGAGAUCGGAGUCCGAGGCAUAUUCGCUGGCUGGGGAUUGUCUUUUCUCAAGGACAGUUUUGGCUCAGCCUUGUUCUUUACCACGUUUGAAUAUAUCAAAGCACAAGGUUAUCUCAGAUUUGUAAAAUGGCAUUAUGGCGCCCUGGAGCAACCGGCUGUCGACAAAUUGGCCAGGCAGAGCGGUCUUGUUGCCAGCGAGAGCCAACCUACAGCCACCAUCCGCCCACACUACGCUCUGGAACCCGCGUUUCUCAUGCUCGCAGGUAUCACCGCAUCGGUCACACAGCAGCUCGUUUUGUUUCCUCUAUCAACCCUGCAAACGCUACAUUAUGAGAGACUCGAGGUACUCGACCAAAAAGCAGCCCAACUUCACCUGUCCACGGCUCCCAGCAGAGGUCGGAUGCUCCGGGCUUAUUAUCAUGCGUAUCAGGAGACCUGGAGACAAGCCACCUCUCAGGCCCUGCGAUUUGGUGGUUUGCCGCGUUGGCUUUUUCGAGGCUUCUGGUGGUUUACAAUCCGCCAGGUGCCGAGUACCAGCGCCGGCUUGAUCAUAUUUGAGUUGGUCAGAAGGAAGUACGGCCUGAGUGGAGAGGUGGUUAAGAUUAACGAGGAUGGUUAUGAUAUCCUCUUGACUUGAACUAUGAUGAGUUUUGUCAACCCGCUCACACAAAGUACCAUAUGUACCUCUUCCAGUCGGGGAGUUAGCCUCUCAGAAUGAUGAUAGAUGAACGUGUGGGGUGAUCUCUCACACAUGAUCAUAUGCACUUCAAGAGGUCCGCGGUGAAUGCUUCUAUAGGGUGCGACUGUCUGCGUCAACUACGAGCAAAAGCGAAAGUGAAACCGCCAGGGC